CAGACGGCGGCGCAGACGGCAGGCGGGACAGCAGAUCGGCCGAGACUUGCUCUGGUCGGUGCCGACAGGCCGAGCGGGGAUCCACGGCAGCAAAUAUGAGUCUGAGCGCAGAGGUCAUGGAGCGGCUGCAGGACGAGUUCACCGCCGACCCCAAGAACCUACUGGCUCAGAACGUCUGCACCAGGGCCGACCCGCUGGAGGCGGCCCUCAGCCGGCGCGCGCUGGAGCGGAUCAACCACGUGUUCCAGCACAGGGUCGAAGAGGUCAAGCCCUGUACGGACCAGGUCGCCAGUGGUAUAUGCUGGAUGUACGCCGGGAUGAACGCCAUGCGCAUCCCCUUCAUGAAGGCGUUCAACAUCAAAUCAUUCGAGUUCAGCCAAAGCUACCUGUUCUUCUGGGACAAGGUGGAGCGGACCAACUUCUUCCUGCGUGCCAUCGUGGACACGGCGAGACGGGGCGAGCCGGUCGACGGCAGGCUGGUCUCGUUCCUCCUGCAGCGCCCAUUGGAUGAUGGCGGCCAGUGGGACAUGCUGCUGAACCUCAUCAACAAGUACGGCGUCAUGCCGAAGUCCUGCUUCCCGAGCGCCCGCAGCACCGAGAGGUCCAGCUCCAUGAACGGCGUCCUCAUGAGCAAGCUGCGCGAAUUUGCGCGUGACUUGCGCCACCUGGUGGAGAAGGGCACCACCGAUGAGGACCUGGAGGUGACGAUCGCAGACCAGGUGGGCCAGAUCCACCGCAUCCUGGCCAUCUGUCUGGGCCUACCGCCGCGCUCCUUCACCUGGGAGUACUACGACAGGGAGAAGGCCUACCAUAAGGUCGGCCCUCUUUCGCCGCGCGAUUUCUACGAGCGUCACGUCAAGCCGCACUUCAAUGCCGAGGAGCAGGUGUGUCUGACCCACGACCCGCGGCCGGCCAACCCGAGCGGCGCCCUGUACACGGUCGACCGGCUGGGCAACAUGGUGGGCGGCCGCGCCACCCUCUACAACAGCCAGCCGGUGGAGCUGCUGGCCAGGCUGGCGGCCGCCGCCAUCGUGGACGGCAAGCCCGUCUGGUUCGGCUGCGAGGUCAGCCAGUUCUUCUCCAUGAAGCUGGGCAUCAACGACUGCAGCCUAUACGACCACAAGGUGCUGUUUGGUGUGGACGUCACGCUUCCGUUGACCAAGGCGGAGCGUUUGACGUUUGGGGACACCAUGAUGGACCACGCCAUGUGCCUGACCGGAGUUACCCUUGACGAAGAUGGAAAACCACUGAAGUGGCGUGUGGAGAACUCAUGGGGAGAGAAGGAUGGAGACAAAGGCUACAUGGUCAUGUCUCAUAGCUGGUUCGAGGAGUUUGUCUUCGAGGUGGUGGUAGACAAGAAGUUUGUCCCGGAGGAUGUGAUGGCGGUGUUCGAUCAGGAGCCGAUCGUGCUGCCCGCCUGGGAUCCCCUCGGAGCCUUGGCACGUGUCAGAUCCAACUGAUGGCAGCUGACAGGCCAUAGCGAACGCAGCCGACAGCCACAGCUAGCUGUGGGCGGUAGCGUCUUCAAACUAUGUGCAAUGUGCAAACUUCAUCAACAAGCAUGGUGCUGCCUGCAUAUUUGUGAUAGGCCAUGUAUGCAUGCUUCAAAAUAGAUGGAUGCGAGGAUCGGCUAUGUAUUCAUUGCAUGAUCUGCAGGAUCGAGACCACCACAAAGUUUUCGUUCAAAUUUAUCUGUACACUUACCUGUUCCAGAACGAGACACGAAUAAUUAUUCCAUUAAAUAUACCUGGUUGACUCCAACAGUGUGCACUUACGGCGAAAUUGUAACUGGCCAUGAUUUGUUCGAAUGACCUUACCGUGGGACCAUAGCCUGUAGUAGAAAGGACGUUUGAAAGGACCAAGGAUCAAGCCAGUGUCAUCACGUAAGUAUCACCGUCCCCGGUGCGGUCAUGCUUAGUACAAAACAUGAUAUCAUUAU